AACCCAAAUCCAAUCUGACCCGUCAUGGUCACACACGGGACACGUUAGCGUCACCGUAAGCCUUUUAAUGAAAUCCCGAAGAAGCCACGAAACGAUUCGCAGUGGCUUGAAGAGUAAUCCAGAAGUGCUUUUAGUUUUUGCUUGCAAAUGGAUAAGCUUUCAGGGUAUACGAGUCUUGGACCUAAAACAAAGAAUCUUGUAGUUGCCGGAGGCUUGACGGCAUUUGUCUUUGGUGUUUACUUCUAUACCAUGAGAGCUGUUGGAGGUACAGAUGAACUACAGAUGGCUAUAGAUAAGUUUGAAGGGCAGAAAAGCAAGAAAGAGGCUGAGGGUUGAGGCAAGCAUGUCACCAAAGGUUUAAUCUUGUAACAAGUUUUAUAAUAAAGUAAUCAAGGACACGGCUGAAUGUAUUUUGUGAAACAGAUCAUAUGAGUCUGUUGUUUUGUUCCUUCAAACAUGCGAUCAGAGAUUUAAACCAAACUGUUUCAUGUAUCAUAUAAACCAAAUGUCAAAUCCCUGCUUGUGUGGAA